CACUCCCUUCUCUCAUCCCUCACCACCUGCAAAGCAUCUUCAGGCUUCGACAUCUAAGCUAAGCCAUGAAGAACAACACCUCUAACAUCUCUUCCCCUUUCCUUACCCUCCCAUGGGGUGUUACUCCAGAUUGGGCAGCCACCAGCCUAGGUGGAACCCUAAUAAGCUUCACCCACCCAACCACUGCACUUCUCAUCCUUGUUUCCCUUCUUUUCAUUGCCCAAGUUCGGUCUGAGAUUCAUAAGAAAUCUAGGCCAGCUCCACUCCCACCAGGUCCAGCACCAUGGCCUAUAGUCGGUAGCAUUCCGGAAUUGUUCAGAAAGAAGCCGGUAUUUCGGUGGAUACUUGGGCUCAUGAAGGAGAUGAAUACCGAAAUUGCGUGUUUUCGAUUUGGUGAUGUGCAUGUAAUUCCUGUUACUUGCCCGGAGAUUGCUCGAGAAUUCUUGAAAAAACAAGAUUCUACUUUUGCUUCAAGACCCAUUACAAUGGGGACUGAGUACUCAAGCCGUGGGUUCUUGUCCAUAGCUGUUGCACCAUGGGGUGAUCAAUGGAAGAAGAUGAGGAGGGUGGUGGCUUCUGAGGUUAUCAAUCCCAACAGACUUCGAUGGCUUCUUGAGAAAAGAACAGAAGAAGCUGAUAAUCUUGUCCACUAUGUGUACAACCAAUGCAUUAGUGGUUCUAUUGUGGAUGUAAGAGUUGCAGUAAGGCAAUAUAGUGGGAAUGUCAUUAGGAAGAUGAUGUUCAACAAGAGAUACUUUGGUGAAGGAAGGAUGGAUGGAGGGCCAGGUGUUGAAGAAGAAGAAUAUGUGGAUUCACUCUUCACUGUUCUUUCUUUGUUAUAUGCAUUUUGUGUAUCAGAUUACAUCCCUAGUUUGAGGAAGUUUGAUUUGAAUGGUCAUGAGAAGAUCAUGAAGGAGGCUAUUAAGAUUGUUGAUAAGUACCAUGAUCCCAUUAUUGAAGAGAGGAUUCAAGAAUGGAGAGAAGGGAAGAAAAAGGAAACUCAAGAUCUUCUUGAUAUCCUCAUUUCAAUGAAAGAUACAAAUGGGAAGCCAUUGCUAUCCAAUGAAGAGAUCAAAGCUCAAGCUGCGGAUUUAAUCUACGCAGCGGUGGAUAAUCCAUCAAAUGCAGUUGAAUGGGCAUUGGCUGAGAUGAUCAACAAACCUGAGAUGCUUCGAAAAGCUACUGAAGAAAUUGACCGGGUGGUUGGAAAGGAGAGAUUGGUUCAGGAAUCCGAUAUACCGCAGCUCAAUUAUGUCAAGGCAUGUGCAAGGGAAGCCUUCAGGCUCCACCCGAUUGCCCCUUUUAAUCUUCCUCAUGUCUCCAAUGCUGAUACAAUGGUCGCUGGUUAUUUCAUUCCUAAGGGUAGUCAAGUCAUAUUAAGUCGAAUUGGGCUAGGCCGGAACCCUAAAGUUUGGGGGGAUGACUCACUCAUGUUCAAGCCCGAGCGUCAUUUGAAGGAUCCCUCAGUUGAGGUUGACCUGGUUGAGCCGGAGCUCCGGUUCAUCUCGUUUAGCACGGGGAGGCGUGGAUGCAUGGGGGCUGCGCUUGGGUCUGCCAUGACUGUUAUGUUGUUGGCUAGGCUUCUGCAAGGGUUCACCUGGGAAGUAACUCCUGGUGAGUCAAGGAUUGAGCUCAAUGAGUCAAAAACCGAUCUUUUCUUGGCUAAACCCUUGGUUGCGCUUGCUAAGCCGCGUUUGGCAGUUCAGGCUUACCCUAUGCACUAGAAUAAUUCUCGGUGGAGUCAGAGUUGAGUUGAAAUAUUUAAGUAUAUACAUAAAAGGAAAAGGAGAGGGAGCGUUAAAAAAAAAUAUAAAUAAAGAUUUGUUUUAAUUUUUUUUUUCUUGCGAAGUGGAUUGAAAUAUUGAAUUACUCCAUUUGUAGUAAUUUUCCUUUUUGGAAAUUGUGUUAUAUGUGUUUA